ACUGUAAAAGUACGGAAGUAAACAUUGUUUCCGACCAGCAUGGUAGUUAGUAGAACGGCUACAGGCAAGUCCUCUCAGCCACGAGAUUAGUAUUGUUGGGCAAGAUAGCUGUACACUUUGGCCUCCAAAACGGUUGUCAUCAUCUACAAGUGAACCGGUGGGCUUCAGAAAAUCACAAAUCAUUGCGUUUACAGUAAUAUCGAUUGUUCCUCGGUACCAAUAACUUUGUAUGCUGAAUAGCUAACAGUAGCUAGGUAGCCGACUAGAAAGGUGAAGGGCUGACACUUCAAAACAAUAUGUCAUCUCAAGGCGAUGUGGAUGCAGAGGGUGUUACUGUAGGUCCCUCUCUCACCCCCUUCAACGGGUUCGAGUCCACUGUUGGGUCUACAAUGAUAGUGACCGUCGGAGCGACCGUGCCAACCGGCUUCGAGCACACUGCUGCAGAGGAGGUGAAGGAGAAAAUUGGGGCCGAAGUGCGAAUUGGCAAAGAUCGUGGUCGGAUUUACUUCGAAGUCAGCACAGACAAUCUUUCCCAGGUUCAUCUACUGCGAUCUGUUGAUAACCUGUUUGUGAUUGUGGAAGAAUACAAACACUAUCAGUUCAAGGAAUCUAAGGAGGAGACGUUGGCCGAGUUGAUGCAGCUCGCCUCGAACCUCCCCUGGGCCAAGGGUCUGGAGGUCUGGAGACUCAACAACUCCCUGAAGAAGAGGAGGGGUCGUCGCAGAGGUCCACGCGUUGCCAAGGGCAAGGCGAAGGCCGCAGCUCCAGAUGCGGAGGACGCAGGGGAGAAGGGGCCCCAACCGGCUGAGAUGCAGCCGUCUAUUGAGGACCGGCCCCUGGACGAGGCCGGGGCCGACUCUGAGAGCAGCUCCCUGGGCCCCGAGGAGGCGGCGUCCGAACCCAAGGUCCUCAAGUUCAGGGUGACGUGCAACCGGGCUGGGGACAAACACAGCUUCUCCUCCAACGAGGCAGCCCGGGACUUUGGCGGCGCCAUUCAGGAUUUCUUCCAGUGGAAAGCGGACAUGACUAAGUUCGACAUAGAGGUCCUGUUGAACAUUAGCAGCGAAGAGGUCGUGAUCGGCAUCGCGCUGACUGAAGAGAGCCUACACAGAAGGAACAUCACCCACUUUGGCCCCACCACACUGCGCUCAACGCUGUGCUAUGGGAUGCUAAGGCUGUGCAAUCCCCAGCCGUCUGACGUCAUCUUCGACCCGAUGUGUGGCACCGGAGCGCUGCCUCUUGAGGGGGCCAUAGAGUUCAACAGCGCCUUCUACGUGGGCGGGGACAACAACGACAUGGCCAUCAACCGCACUGUCCACAACAUCGCCCACGUUCAGAAGAGGAAAGAGGAGGGGGACGGUGCACCUGGACUCCCCAUGGACGCGGUCCAGUGGGACGUGUGCCGUUUGCCCGUGAGGAGCAGCUCUGUGGACAUCAUCCUGUCCGACAUGCCUUUCGGGAAGAGAAUGGGCUCCAGGAAGAAGAACUGGGACCUGUACCCGGCCUGUCUGCGGGAGAUGGCUCGCGUUGUGCGUCCGGGGUGUGGGACUGCUGUGCUGCUAACUCAGGACAAGAAAUGCUUUACCAAGGCCGUGUCGCGGAUGGGAGGGCUGUGGAAGAAGUCCCACACGGUGUGGGUGAACGUCGGUGGGCUGCACGCAGGAGUGUUCCUGCUGAAGCGCACGGAGGGGACGUUCGGGGAAACCCCAGAGGACGUCUACGAAGCACCAGGAAACCGGAGCGUGGAAAGCACCGCGACGGAGGAUAAGGAGCUCUCGUAAUCACAGCCAGGGCGGGGGGAGUGGCUUUCUUUUCACAGUCGAGUUUCAAUUAAAAGGAAUAAUGUUAUUUAUUCGUUAUUAGAGUUUUUAAAGGAAUACAUUUAGAAUGUAGCCUGUUUGGGUUAAAUGCGUGCUGACGUCUGUUCACGUUUUUCUUUUUCUUGUGUUUGGUUUUAUUACCUCUGUUGUGAUUGAGGCAUUUGAACCGACUUUCUUGUUAACAAAAAAUCUGUACAACUGACUUGGUUUGAAUAAAUGUUCGAAAAAGAUUGCCUGAAUAUAUUGACUCGUACUUGGAUCAAGAAAUGCAGACAUCCCAACUCUCCUGAAUAUAU